AUGGCGUUGGCCUUUCGCCUCUGUCUCGCCUUACUGGGACUAAUGUCCUUCUUGCUGUCUCCAGUCAGCCCUUUAGCCGUUGAUGUCCAGUCCGACUUCCCCAACGAGCCCGAAUCUAACUCCAUUUUCAUUUCGGGAACAGACGAGAACCAUUGGCCUGCGGUUCAGCCGAUCGACCCUCCUGAUCCUGCCGUGCCAACCAAGGUUCCAGUUCCUACUGGUACACCGUUUAUAAUAGAUACCAGGCUUGUUGUAAAAGUCAACACGGGGCAGCCGUUCAUCAUCAAACUCGAUAAAUUUCUACAGAUUUUCCGAGAUGGUGUCAAACUGAGUACCGAUCCUAAAGUGAGCUGGGUCUCGCUGGAUUCUACGCAUCGGGCAGUCAUUGGGCGAGUCCCCAAAGACUACCCGACGAGCCGGAUCCUUAUUUACAUCGCGGGGCCGUAUUCAUUCAACGGAAGAGUCAUUAACCUCGGAUAUGUUGUGGCCCUCGAUCACGUCUCGCUCGCUGUCGAUACACUGGCACACGAGCCCUCGCACCACGACUCCACGAACAACUCUUCACAAGUCUACUCGCGCAACGACUACUCGCACAUCAACUUCUCGCACAACAACUCCUCGCACAACGACUGCUCGCACAACUCCUGGCACACCGACGACGCCGCUGACCACCGCGAGGACGAGUCCGAGUGGUUUACCAAAUCCGACCUUGUUCCCGAGAGAGAAGUUCACUAUCCCCUUAGACCCGUACAAAUUGUCACCCGGGGACAUCGUUACUUCGUUUUCGACGGAGCCGCAGUCAGAAUGGCUUCGCCCUAA